UAUGUACUGUACUAGUAGCGUAUAAUUCGUAUUUUUAUAAAUCGACAACGGUCGAACGUUUCGACGACGGUGAACGUUUGAGAAAUACAUGGAUUUGAAAUGCAGUGGAUGACGAUCGGGUUUAAUGUGAUUGUUCGAUAAUUGAUAAACCAGUUUAUUCGCCGAUUGUCAACUGAUUGUUAAACACCUAAUUGUUGAUUGGAUUUUUAUGAAAUGAGUAAAGCGACGGAUGAUGACGAACGCAGGAGACGCUCGUUGGAAGCGGGUAGAGAAAUGCUGGAGAGAUUCAAGGCAGAAAAAGCUACCAAAGCUCAAGAUGCAAGUCACAGUCAAAUGGACGAGAUAUCGGAUGAAGAGUCAUUCCGUAAUGACAAAUCCAUCGGGCACAGAAAGUCUUAUACACAGGAGGGAAUUUCCUCGAGGGAUGUGACGCAAAGUAGCAUCAGUAUGAGCGAGGGAGAAGCAGAUGGGGACUUAGAAGGUCUUGCGGGAAGAGUGGCACAAUUGGAGGAGUUGUUACAAGGGAAAGAAGCCAUAGUGGAAGCUUUAAAUGCAGAGAUCGAUCACUUGAGGGCAGAGACCUCGUCUCCAAAUUCUUCACAAAGUCAGAGCAGUAGCGUACACACCAGAGAUGUUGUGUCUUUGUACCAUACAAAACUGCAAGAGUUUGAAAAAGCAGUGAAUCAAAGAGAUAUCCUUAUAGAAGAUCUAAUGUUUUCUUUGCAACAUGCCCUGUCUGCGAGGGAUAAUCUUGUUAGUCAGUUAAACGCUAUGAAUGCUAUGGAAAUAUCUUGUAAAGAUAACCUUGCUGGUGCUUCAGUUAGUAAGAGUUUGGAAGAAAAGAUUGAUACUUUAGAGAAGACUACAAAUGAUCAAAAAUCAAUAAUACAAAAGUUGAGCAGUCAAUUGAGUCAAAAUCAAGAAUACAUACAGACAUUGGAAAUGGAGAAAGAGACUCGAACAACCGAAAUUAAUGAUUACAAGUUACAAAUUGAUAAUUUGAACGAGCAGAUCCAUCUAAAUGCAGCUGACAAGAAUUUAAACAUCGCCGAGACUUUGGAGCAACAGAAGCAGUAUGAAGCCCGCGUAGACAAGAUAAAGCAGGAUAUGCAGCAUAUAUUAAAGAAGUUCACAACUGAAACGAAUAUAAAUACUGCGCGUCACCAACAGGAACUGAAAGAACAAGCUGCAAAGCACGAGAAGGAGAUAAUAAACAUUCAAGAAAAAUACGAAGAACAUCUAAAGCAACUGAAAGAGGAGAAUAAGACUUUGGCUGAUCGCUUGAACAAGGAAUUGCCAGAUUUGGAAACUCGUCACGCAAAAGAACUCUCUAUAUUUCAAACGCAGUUGUCUCACUACAAGAAAACUGUGGAGGCUCUGAAGCUCGAGUUAAUGAACCGCUCCGAGUCUCAACAAACUGCACAAGCUGAGUUGGACGAGUGUAAGUCAAGAUUCGAUGAAUUUAAAGUACAGAUGGAAAAGGCUAAACAGAUUCAGAAUCUAGAUCAUCAGAAGGAAAAAGAGAUGUUAGGUGAACAGAUCAAUCUGCACAAGCUUCAGUUGGAAGACAUCACGUCAAAGUAUAUUGCAGUGACUGCGGUUCUAGAGUCAAAGGAGAGCAUUGAACGUUCGUUGGAGCAGGCUUUGACAAAUGCUGCUGUGUUGAAAGGAGAGAACGAGAAUAUAAAGUUUAAACUCAAUGAUCUGUCAUCACGAUACAUAGCAGCACAAUCGUUGAUAGAAAAUAGCCAGUGUCACGAAAGAACUUUGAGCAAUAGAAUUUAUGAUUUAGAAAAAUCGUUGUCCAGACUUAGUGGCAUAAAUGUUAGUACCGUAAGCGAGCUGAACGAGACCACGUAUCAGACUUUUGACGAAGUGGCGAUUCAGUAUCAAUUAACGAAACAAAAGCUGGAGGAAAAGGCAGAAUUGGAGGAACUUCUAACUCAGAGGAUUGAAAGUCUUGAAAAGGAUGUUUACAAGUCGAAAGAAGAAUUGCAACAGGCAAAUAUCACCAAAAGAUCGUACGAGAAGCAACUCAAGGAUAUGAAAAACGUGUGUGACAAAUACAAAUCUGAGUUGAGUUCCUUAAAGAAGAACAAUUUGAAUGGUCAGAAUACCUCGUCGCUGGAAGAAGAAAACAAAUCGUCUAGUCAGAGUGCGAAAGAUACUGCCAGUGAUUUGCUGUACAAAACCGAAGUGGAUCAACAGGAAAUUAAGAAGCUUAAAAUAGCUCUUGAACAGAAGGAGGCAGAACUCACAGAAUGCAUUCACAAAAUGUAUGUUCUAACGGACAAAUUAAAGAAAUCUGAGGAGGAAGGUGAACAGUUAAAGAACGGACUAGUCAUAGCAUGGGCCCAGUGUGCUGAGAUAGAGGAGAAGUUGAAUCAAACGUUAGCAUUAAGCGAUACUAAAUUCGAUGUGUCUAUGGCGUCGUCCAACUUCAACAGUGCCUUAGUGAAACAGCUUAAACCAGAUAGGACUGCCAAUGAUUCUGUAAACAUAACGCAUGAUCAAAGCAUGGAUACAAAUAGAACGUCCGACGAGAAAAAUGAAACUCUUGACAUUAGUAAUAGAGCAGCGUCGCUGCAAGGAAAGUUAACGUUUGUACUGGAAGAGAAUGAACGAUUGCUAAAAGAAGUGAAAUGUUUGAUGUGCCAGCAAGCAGAUUAUGAAGAGGUCAAAAGCAAAUUGAAACACUACGUCAGCCUUUCAGAAAGUCUUACCGUGGAAAAGGAACAGAAAAACGAAGAAAAUAAGGCUUUGAAGGAGAAGUUAGAGAACGUCCAUACGCUGCAAGAUUCUGUGAAUCAAUUGAGAUCAGAAAAGGAGACGCUACGUAAAGAGAUUGAAGCAGUGAUGCAAGCUUAUAGUGAGCAAAUAAACACUAUAAAAGCCGAUACUGCGUCUGAGAUUGAAAAGGUACAGUCGUUGUUGUUGGGCAUGAAAGAGAGCACGACAGAGCUCGAUGAUCUCAGAAACGAACUGGAAACGCGACACACGAAGGAAAUGGAAGAGUUACGCAUGUACUUCGAACGAAAAUGUUUACUGAUGGAAAAGCAAUACUCCGAGGAAAUAUUUAGUCAGCAAUCGAAAAGAAUGUCGGACAAUGAUAGUGAAAUAGCUGAUAUAACCGAGGGUUUGUACUACGGAGGUGCUGGCGAUUGUUUGAACGCGAAUAUGUCUGAACAUAGCUCGAGGCUUGGCUCUCCGAUAGCGGACGAACAAUCCAGGCACACUGGCCAGAAUUUGAGUAGUUACAAGUCCGAGAUGGAAUAUGAAAUAAACAUCAAGACGUUACAGCAAGAAUUGCAAAAUAAGAUAGAGGAGUUGCAGGAGAUGAAAUUGCAAUAUGAAAAAUCUUUGGAGGAGCAAAAGACCACCUAUGAAAGGGAACUUCAUAAUAGUAAAGUCAAAGAAAGACACAACUUGUUGAGAGAUGUGAUAAAUCAGUAUUGUCAAACAGAAUGGGAUGCGGGUGCGUUGGAAAACGGUGAAUUAACGCAACUGCGAGCGGCCUACAACCAUCAAUUGGAAGAACAGAUCGCGCUAGCUAAGUUGGAUAUUGUCAAUGCGCUUCAAGAACAAAUUCAGGCACUACUGACGGUUGAGUCGGAUGCAGAAGACAAUUGGCCGGCAGAAUUACUGGAAUUACGAGAUAAAUUGACUGGCAAUGCGAAAAAAGAGAUACAGCUACUCAAAAAGUCUCACACGGAGGAAGUGCAACGUUUAAAAGAAGAGCAUUCUCGAAAUGUAGCUAGAAUGAUCGACCGUCAUCAGGAGGAACUUAAUAAAAUUAAAUCAGAGUGUGUGCAGAAUUAUGGUGUGAAACGAGAUUCUAACAAAGUCACGUUAACUGAUAAUCAAGCUUUUGAAGAAAGGAACACCUUAAGCAAAACAUGUAUCACUCUUAAAACACUGAUUGAAGAACUGAUAAAGUAUUUCAUCAUCUGCGAAGAGGAAGUUAAUAAUACUUUUAUUACUGAAGUUAUUAGAAGACAAUUAUUCGAUAGUGUCAAUAACGAGGAAACUGUGCAGAGUGAUAAGCCAAGAAAAAACCAAGAGGCUGACUUGAUGAAUUUUUCUGAGAUGAGAGUGCAAAGAGUCCAUCUUGCACCAAAAACUGCAGAGAUAGCUUCUAUAAUAAAUAGCAACGUCGAAACUUUGCCAACCAUUUUGGAAGAAGACGAGAGCAUAACAGAAAGAUUGAAGCUAGAAUUGAACAACUGUAUACGUCGCUUGAAGUCUGAAAGUUCUGAAAUUCUUACUAUUUCUUCAUCCACAAGAGAAGGAAGACGUAGCUCACCUUUGAAAGAUACUGUUUGGUUAAAUAGAAUGAACGAAGAGCUGAAUUUGAAACUUCAUGAUACUGAAACUUUAGUCAUUGGCUAUCAAGAACAAAUUAAUCAUUUGAAAAUGACUAUUUUAGAUCUACAAAGCAAGUUAAUUAACGCAGAAAAUAAAAAAGAAACGAUCACGGAAGGUUACGGAGAGAAUUAUGAUUUGGGUACUGAUAUCACUUUGCAAGAUUUCUCACAAUUGCAAGAGAAAGUGAGGCACGUGUUGUCAAAUGGAGGGGGAGAUUGCACAGAAUUGCUGCAACUGAUAGAUGAAUUGUCUAGAUUGAGUGAAAAAUUGAUGGAAGAGUCAAGAAGGGAGAAGGAAGAUCUGCAACAACAGAUUGAGGCAGCAGAUAAGCAAUUAAAAGCAACUCGCAGAUUUCUGGAUGAGCAGGCUAGCGAAAGAGAAACUGAGAGAGAUGAAGCAGCGAAACAAAUACAUGUUCUGCAGGAACAACUUAAAGAGCGUGAACGAGAAAAAGAACGGGAUCAACGGAUUACUUCUGAGGUGGAAGUUUUGGAAUCUCAGAUGAGAGAGAUGUCCUCUCUUAUGUCUGACACAGAAGCCAAAAAAUUUGAAACCGAGAGUGAACUUAAAGCAGCUAUUGACAAGAUUUGGGUACUUAGAGAAAUCAUCACAGAUUUAGAACAACAGCUACAGAUCAAGACCGAGAAGGAAGAAUCAUUGCAGUUGCAAAUCAAUCAGUUAGAAACUGUGAUCGCCGCGCAGACUAAAAAUCAGCAUGAAUUGGUCCAGGAAUUGGAUGCUGUUAAGAUGGGUAGUGAAAGCAAACAGCUGAAUGAACAUAUUAUUCACUUGCAGGAAGAACUAAGAAAACACAAAUUGAGUUCUGAACAAUUCAAUGUGAACUCUGCGGCAUUGAAGCAGAUGAAGACGGAACUCCGCGAUAUGCAAAAUCAAUUAGACAAAAGAAUCAAAGAACUGGAAUCUGUACACAUGUGCAGUUCUAAUUUGAGCUUGAGUCAACCGAGCGAAGAUGUCUCUAUUAGAGAGCAAAUAGACGCCACACGAUGCCCUACUCCAGACGAUCCCACUGCUCCUCCAAUGUUACCUCUUGAUCAAUUACUUAAACUCAAGGAAAAAAUGUUAAAACAUGCCAGAGUUGAGGAGGUGGCGUUCAAAAGAAUCAAGGAUUUAGAAUUGCAAGUGACUGCUCUCAAAAACCAGAACGAGGAAUUACAGGCAGAGCAGGAAAUUCUUCAACAAACGGCUUCCGAGCAGCUGUUCCAAAUAGAAGCGAUGCGUGGUAGGCUAGAGCAACAUAAACAAAGCGCCCCAUUUGCUCAGAGACAGGCUACGUCACGCCUAGAGCUACAACUUCACGAAGCUAAUGCCAAAUUCCAGUCUUUGGAACGAAAUAUUGCUGACAAAGAAUUAGAACUAAAGGAUACGAAGAAUCAACUGGACAGAGUUAAUCAAUUAUUACAAGAAAAGGAAGCAGAGAUUGCAAAUGUAGUGCAAGUAGAAAGUGCUACUAUUCAGAAGUUGAAAGAGCACCUGGAAAUUGUUGAAGAAGAAAAAAAGAUUCUUCAGGCGAAGGUUGGUGUUCAGGAGCAUACACAGACAGAAUUACCAAAGUUGUUGGACAGUAUGCUAGCAGACAAGAACGAGGAGAUAGAUCACUUGAAAGAACAAUUAUCCAAAAAGGAAAAACAACUUGAGAUGUAUUCUUCGUUGAAUCUAGACGAAACGCAGUUAAGAGAGUUAGUACGACAGACAGAGACAAAGAACAGUGCACGCACAUUGAGUGAUAUUCUAUCGAUUCACUCAGAAUGUGAAGAGACUGCGGAAGCUAUCAGAGGAUCCAAUAUAACGCAGAAUUUGCCUAAUGUAUCUACUUUCAAAGUUUCUACUCCACCUGCUGCAAAAAGUAUAGAUGAUUCAACUGUGCCUUUAUUGGAUAGCACUAAGAUAAUUCAGGUUCCUCCUUUGGAUCUUGGUUCUCAAAGUCUGUCUGCAACUUCUAGUCCACAAUCUGGAGUUCUAGACUUAUUGCAGAGUGGCCUAGAGUCGAAAACUUCUACGUCGGAGAAUUUUUCUAGCGACAAAACUGACCAUGCUGCUCAGCCGACAAAACAACAGUACACUCAAACGCAAGAAUCUCCAAGAAGAGAACGUAUAGAUGAUAGUAAUAGUAAUAGUAAUAGAAAUAGAUCCUACGAUGUUUCAAUGAAAUAUACUCAGACCUCUCUUAAUGAUACUUUGAAGGAAAUAGAGAAUUUAGAGAAUCAAUUACAAGCAGUGAAAGAGGAAUUAGACAUGAAAUCAGCAAUUUUGAAUAAAAAGGAAACAGACUUAAUAGCUUUGCAGAAACUUUAUGGUGAAUCGCAAAUGGAAUUCAAGGACGUAAUAGAGACACUUUCCAGAGAUAAGUCUUUCUAUCAGAACCAAUAUGAAUUAUCACGAGCAUCGGAAAAUAAAAUAAAAAAAGAUCUCCUAGAAGUGGAAAACGUUCUAAAGUUAAAGAAUGAAGAGAUGCAAGAUCACAGGAACAAGAUGCAAGUAAAUGAAAAAAUUAUAAUGGAACUGAAUUUAGAGAAUACUAAGGUGAAAAGAAAUAUUGAGGAGAAGGAACAAGAAUUGGAACAGACAAGAAAGUAUAGUAUCCUGCUUAAGGAAAAAAUAAAUGAAUUGCAGAAUUUCAGAGAUACAAUUCUCGAGAAAGAUAUCACUAUCGAAACUAUUCGAACCCGUAAUAUUGAGAUCGAAAAUGAGAACAAACAGUUGUACGAAUUCAAGACAAAAUAUCAGUCGGCUAUACAAGAGUUAUUGGAAUGUCAAAAUGAAGUUCAAAGGCUGACAGAUGGCUUAAACAACAGGGAUCAGAUUAUCAGAAGAUUGGAGGAAAUGGCCAGACGCACCAGCUUCUCAGAAACAUCCUCACCUUCUAAUGAAAAGGAUCAAGAGAUUCAUCAUCUGCAGGAAUACUUAAAAGAGAAAGAUAAAGUAAUUAGACAAAUGAGUGAUGAUAGCAAAAGUUUGCAUAGAGCUCUGGAAGCUAUACAGAAUAAAAUGAAAGAAUCUGGAAAUGUUGUGGAUUUGAGAAAGAAGUUGAAGGAUGAAAAGAAAUUAAAUGCUGAGCUGAGAAAUAUUGUGGAUAAUCUAACGAAAGAGUUGCUUACACUGAAGAAGACAUCAGCACAACGAUCGCAAGAUGACACUGAUAUUGAAGAUAUGGUGCAAAGAGAAUUAAAUUUGUCAGCACAUCUGGAUAGACAGAUUAUGAACGCCAUAGAAAGUGAUGCAGAGGAUAAGAAAAAGACAAAAAGACAAACUCCUUAUCAGGAUCUCCAAGAAAGAAGAUACAUGGAGCUAGAAUUGAAAUUGACUCAGGCUAAUAAGAUUAAUGAAGAAUUGAAAAAGUUGAAGGACGAUUUAGAGAUAGAAAGAGGGAUGCUCAAGUGUCAAAUAGCAGAAUACGAAAGUCGUAUCUUCCAGCUGAAAUCAGAUUUAGCAGAAGAAUCGAAGAAAGUGACAAAACUGGAUGAAGAAUUAUCUUCAGAGAAGAAUUUAAUUAGAAAAUUAAAGAUUCAGUUUGAAAAAGAGUAUAAAGCAAUGCAGACUGGACAUAUACAAAAUUCAGACUUGAUAGAGUUCCUCCAAAGUAAGUUGAAGAGUUCUCUAGACAACGAGACUAAGCUUAGAAAUGAAUUAUCCUUGCUACGAGAAGAGUACAAGAAUUUAGAGAUUCAAUUAAGUUUGAUAAAAGAUCACGUAGAAUCCCAGAAAGCUGAUGACUUGCCAAAAUUAACAGAGCUUUUAGAAACUGAAAGAAAGAAGUAUGUGUCGCUAAUGGAAAACUUCGAAAAGGAAAGAAAAGAAAAUGCAGAACUGAAGGACACUUUAAGAAAAUUACAGAUGGAGAAGAAUCGUUGUGAGAAGCAACUGGAAGUGGAAUUAGAGAAAGAAGAGAAUUUAAAAAAUGGAAACAAUGAUCAUUUGCAAAUUGAUCUCAGGCGUACCAAAGAAAAACUAAAAACGCGACAGGAAGAAUGCGAAUGGUUACAAAAGAGGAUUAAAAUCAUGUCUGAUGCGGAGACUAAGAGACAGGAACAAAAAAGCACUGAACAUGAUGAGCUUAAAAAUUUGAGAAGAGAAAUCAAUAAUGCUAGAGAAGUGAUAAUGGAUUUGGAGGCUGAUAUGAAGCAGUCAAAGAGGGAAUUGACGGAGUCUGUUGAACGGGAAAUGAAAUUAACUGAGACUGUAGAGGCUCUUAAAGAAAGAGAAAAUGAUCUAUUUAAAAAACUGUCUGCUUUCAAAGACGAAGAGAAGAAGUUAAAGAAUGUAAUCGCUGAGUUAGAGCAAGAAGUAAAAUCGUGUACAAGAAGAGAAUUGCAACUCACAAAGGAAUUAAAGAAUAGAUUUACAGACGAGGACAUACCUAUCAAAUAUACGCAAAAGAUUAAAGAUCUUAGUGAAACCAAUGAGAAAUACAUGACAGAAAAGACUGUACUUCAGGAGAAACUGAUACAAGCAAGGGAAGAGAAGGAGCAGUUGAUUCAACGAAUUAAAUUACUCGAAGAUCAAAUAAAACGAAUUAAAACGUCUCAAGUUUCAAACUUCAAGUUCCCAGAACACCUAGAAAAGUUGCAACAUUUUUACGGGAAGUUCCUGCGAACAGAUAGCAGACGAAAAGCUCUAAUUUAUCAGAAACGCUACUUGUUAACUAUAGUUGGUAGCUAUCAAUUGUCCGAAGAAAAUACUCUGUGCGUACUCGCUCAAUUGACCAAAGACCAACGAUCCUACAUUGUGGUAGGUCGCAACAAGAAAUCCCCAAGAGUUCGUUUUAGAAGUGCGGUGCUCGUUUUGGUCAGUAUCCACAGAAUGAAAUGGCUAAUUUUGAGAUGGAACACUGGUAAACGAAUUGGUGUAAAGACGUUAGUAUGGAAUACAGAACAGUCUUACUUGCCAAUUCAGAAAACCACUAUGAACCAUUCGCCUCCUGUCCGAGAGAAGGCUACUUCAAAUGGGGAUGGUGGCAUUGACGGAUUUACGCUUGAACAGUAUUUCCAGCGAUUGAAGAACAUUCAGCAGACGUUAGGUUUAGCAGUGGCGGAAGCUGGGAAUCUUCAAAUUCCAGAAUAGUAUUACGUUCUAUACCUAAGUUUUGUAAAUGUCAUAGACUGUGAUUUGAUUAUCACUGUCGCUGUUUCUUGAAUGCGGUCAUUGUUGCAUGAUCCGCAUGGGAUUGCUGUUUUCGAUUGUUGCGCCGAUCGAAAACGUUUGAAACUGGGCAUUUUUAUCAGAAAAGACAUUGAAAAUUUUGAGCUUCUCUCAGCUGUAUUUUUUCUACAGACUGUAUAUAAAAUUGUAGAGAGUAGAAACACAUACGUGGAACACGUGUUAAAUUUUUACACCAAUUACUAGGUUGAUUUUUACACCAGUUACAGAGAAUGAUGUACCAUGUGUGCUAUAAUUUCAAUACUAUUAUGUAUGAAUACUCGUAAGAAUUUUUAAGAGAUUGAACAAAACAGAUGUUAUAUUAAUUCUUAUAUUUUGUGUUUUACCAAAGUUAUUGAUAGUGAUAGCUAUUACUAUUACUGUAAAGAUACAAACCUGUGCCUUGUAUAUUUAAAUAAGUGUUCUAGUAUUUAUUUGUUGAUGAUGAUCUGUACGUUUUUAUAUUGCGAAUAAAACAUAGGAUGUCUUUUUUCCAGAUCGUUGAUAGGAAUUGAUUAAUGAAUCAUCUGUUGGUAGUAAGUUCAUGUUUAGUAUGUAUUUUAACAAAAGAAAGUGUCUAUAAUUUAAUUUGACAUCUCAUUGUCUCGUAUAUCUUUUCUUUUCCUUGAUAAAUAUCAAUUUGUACAGCUUUGCAAUGCUAGUUUUGAACUGUGCAAUUCUUUUGUUAAGUAGAGAGAUACGUGAAUUCGACAGCACUUUAAUAUAAUCAUUCUUAUACGAGAAUUCUGGUCCAUUAUAAAUGUAACGAGAACUAAUUAUAUAUUAACAGGGAAAUAAUACUAAUUAACAAUGGCAAAGACAAUAGGGAAUUAUAUAGGAUAUCUAUAAUUUCCUUAACAACACUGAAAACGCUAAACACAACUUUCGCUUGUUAAAAGUUAUUUACAUAUAUACAAGUGAGACGUGUGAUAAAAUAUAUGGCGAUCAUCUAGCUUUAUAUGUAGAUACGUAUAUGUAUUUAAAGCUACAUUCGAUUUUGUAAAACAUAAUCUAAGAAUGUAAGGCUCCCAUUUUCUUAUUCGUUCGAAGACAGUUAUCUAAAUGGUGCAAAUUUUACUAUCAUUUUUUUUUUUCUUUUUA